UCGUCAAUUUAAAGAGUGGCUUCUACAGUUCUACCUCCACCCCACUCGUCAAUUUCCCGCGCACACACCAAAUUCUCAUACUUUUCUCUCUCCUCCCAUCACCCAUGGCCCCCAAACCCGACAGCGCCGAAGGUAUAGUACUCAACUUCGUCAACGAGCAAAAUAGGCCGUUAAACACUCAGAAUGUUGCUGAUGCAUUGCAAAAGUUCAAUCUCAAAAAGACUGCUGUCCAGAAAGCUCUUGAUUCACUUGCUGAUAGUGGAAAGAUUGCAUUCAAAGAGUAUGGAAAGCAGAAGAUCUACAUUGCACGUCAAGACCAGUUUGAAAUUCCAAACAGCGAAGAGCUUAGUCACAUGAAGGAAGAGAAUGGCAAGCUGCAGGAACAAAUAAAUGUACAGAAGAGAGCAGUUAGCGAGCUUGAGGGAGAAACCAGAGCCUUGCAGUCAAAUCUGACACUAGAAGAUAUGCGAAUGAAACUGGGAAGACUUAAGACAGAGGUGGAGGAAAUGGAGGAUAAGUUGACUAAAUUGCGCGGAGGAGUCACACUUGUGAAACCAGAAGACAGGAAGGCUAUUGAAGACCUGUACGUAACUGCAGUUAGUCAUUGGAGAAAGCGCAAAAGGAUGUUCAGAGAUAUAUGGGAUACAAUAACUGAAAAUUUACCAAGGGAUCUUAAAGAACUUAAGGAGGAACUCGGCCUUGAAUAUGACGAAGAUGCUGGUCAGAGUUUGCAAUUGUAUGCUGAUUUGAUGCCACAAAGUAAAAAGCGGGGAAGAGGUCAGUAAAGUUCAAGACGUAAUAGAUGAUGAAGGAAAUACUAGUGAAUAGCGACAAAGUUUAUGGUAUAUAUGUUUGUGCAAUUCUCUGGCAUUGCACCAGUAUAGAAUGUUCAGGCACAGUGGAUGAAGCUUAGGCCACGUUAGCAAAAUAUACAAGAACUAUGACUUGUAGUUGGAAAAUGUUCAUGCAUGCUAAUAUUUAUCAAACUUAACACAAAUAUUCAUCGAUUUGAGACCUCUUUCAGUUGUAGCUUAAGGAUCAAUUCUCAUAUAGCUGGUUUCAUUAUCUAAUUAUGUACCUUCAAUACAACUUAAGUUCAAGUAUACUGGUAAUACAGACUUUAUAUGACCUCGCGGCCU